AUGAGUGUCGCCGCCGCUUCCCCCCCUCCCGCCCGACCUGCUGGCGAGGAAGGAGCCGCCCGCAGAUUUCCCUCCUGCGAUGAGUCGAGGCGGGAAAGGGAGCCGGUCCAGCCCGUGACGGGGGACGAUGCCGCGGCUACCGGGAGCCGCCCUGAGGCGACGCGGGGAGCGGCGCUGACCGACCGCCGCUGCAGGGGAAGCGACGAGGCUCCAUGAGCAGCAGCUCCUCCUGGCCGGGCCGUCGCCGCCGCCCUUUGUCUUCCCGCUGAGGGGCGGCAUGUCGACGUGGCUCAGCUGCCGCCUGCCGCUCCUCGGGGCUACCCGGCUCGGGCUCCAGCAGCAGCAGCGGUCGUUGCGGCGGCCCCUCAGCAGCCUCGGGUGCAGCUGCCUCCGCCGCCGCCGCUGCUGCCUCCUGCUCCUCCGUGGCAGCCCCGGGCGCGGCCGGUGGGGCUCCUGCCGCCCGCUGGGCACCCACCCCAAGAAGGAGCCCAUGGAGGCGCUCAACACGGCGCAGGGCGCCCGCGACUUCAUCUACAGCCUGCACUCCACCGAGCGGAGCUGCCUGCUGAGGGAGCUGCACCGGUUCGAGUCCAUCGCCAUCGCCCAAGAGAAGUUGGAGGUUGAGCCACCAUCCACUGGGCAGCUGAAACAUGUGUUUUUCCAUAAUGCAAUACCUUUUGUAGGGUUUGGAUUUUUGGACAAUGCCAUUAUGAUUGCAGCGGGGACACAAAUAGAAUUAUCAAUAGGAAUUGUUCUCGGAAUUUCUACUAUGGCAGCUGCUGCCUUGGGGAACCUUGUUUCGGACCUAGCCGGUUUGGGCCUUGCAGGCUACGUUGAAGCUCUUGCUUCCAGAUUGGGCCUCUCCAUUCCCGACUUGACGCCGAAACAAGCUGACAUGUGGCAAACGCGUGUUAGCGCGCACUUGGGUAAGGCCAUUGGAGUGGCCAUUGGCUGCCUUUUAGGAAUGUUUCCGUUGUUCUUCUUUAAAGACGAAGAAAAAAAACUGGAAGAGAAAAAUUAGCCUUUUUACAAAUGCUUAUAAAAAUGUAAAAUAAUGUACCUCAAUUAUACAGUCAAGCUGUCAAAAAUAUUUAGGGUUUAGCAGGCAGUAAUGUAUAGAAUGGGGAACAAAACCGCAUGCUGUUUCAUGGAAACACUAACUUAUUGUGUGGCUUUGUCUUAGUACAUCUUUUUAUAAGGGUGUUUCUUUUUUAUGUAAACCGUUGGUGUGUGUCCAAUUUACCCUGGCCAUUGACGUUUACCAUUUUCCCUCUUUGCUGCAAUCCUUGACAAGUACUAUUACAGUAAUCGCCUGCCCCCCUCACUGUAUGGUUUUGGGGUUUGCAUAUUUCCUUAGCAGUUUUGAAACGCAUGAAUCCAGUUGCCCUUGCUGCUCAUCAGGCACUCCUUUCCAGACUUUCAACGAGGUCGGGUGAAAGCUGGCAUUUUCUUGAGCCACUGGCUGUGCAGUGUAUGCUCCAAAUGAGACCUUGUUUAAACAAAAUAUUGCUUAAAAUAGUUCUUUUUGCUAGGAUAUUUGCUGAAACAAUUAACUAUGAAGACUAGUCAGCUUCUUACAGAUAAGUCACUGUUUCACAUGUUGCCUCUUUUAAAGUUAUGUAGCUCAGAAUGCAUCCCUGGUGUUAUCAAAAUGGCACUAUAGAUCAGGGAAUAAAUAAUUUCCCAUGGGAAAUUGGAGUUUGCCCAGUGAUUGGGUUCAGGAAGCUAUGCAAAGUAUCUUGCUUCUUCAGCAACUCUUGGCAAAGUCCGCUCACUUGUCUUUCCCGUUCUGAGCUCUAUUGCCCAAUUUGUUUGCAACAAAACUUUUGAAAAUCAUGCUUAGUGAUAAGUAGUUUUUGCUGCCAUCUUCCCCCGUUCUUCCAAUCAAGAGAACUAGUUGUUGCAUUGCCUGGAUCUUUUUAUAUGUAAACUGACGGCAGGUUGACCUGCAAUCUGAAUAAAGGUCCUCUGGUUUGCUGAAGAGAGGUUGUCUUUGUGGAUUGUGAGCACUUAAAAGGUAAGGCAGAAUGUACAGCAUACUGGGCUAUGGAUGUGGAUUUACAUGUGAUAUAAAAGUUGGAGAUUAGAGGAUACAAAAUUAAGUCUUGAACUGAUGAUGUGAAAUAGGCCUGUUUCCCUCGAUGUUUCCUGCUUUAGGAAGUAUAAACCAUGAUCUUGAGGACCCUCUUUCUGAUACUAAUUGUGGAAGAAUGCUAUUCUGGAUGUGUCUUGGACAUUUAUGUCUAAAUUUGUCUACAUCUGGAUGAGUGGAUCUCAUUUGCAGAAUGUAAUUCGCACAAAUAAACUUGUUUACUUUUCAUUUAUUAGGA